UGGGUCACUAGCACGCACCGUGGAAGGGUUUCCUUUCGCUAAAGCCCUUCCACAAGUCUUCGUAGCGAAAAAAAGAUCGUACUCGCAGUCAACCAUCAACCCGCGCAGCCCACCACCCAGCAGCACCUUCGCAACCACAUACAUGUACGUGUCGCGACGCCCGAGAAAAAUUGACAGAGAUCUUGAUCGACUGACGUAGAAUUUUCGCCCGCAGUCAAAAUGGAUUCCGCUAAGCAGCCUGUCAAGCUUGUGAAGGUCACCCGCGUCCUGGGCCGUACCGGCUCCCGCGGUGGUGUCACCCAAGUCCGCGUCGAGUUCAUGGACGACGAGACCCGUUCCAUUAUCCGUAACGUCAAGGGACCCGUCCGUGAGGACGACAUCCUCUGCUUGCUCGAGUCUGAGCGUGAGGCCCGCAGACUGAGAUAAGGCAGCUGAAUCGGCGGCGGCGUGUGUUAUGGACAUUACGAGGAACGGAAUCAUGGUUCUGAGGAUGGGACAGGAACAUUGCGAGGGCUUCGUCACCCGAGCCCACGGCUUUCGUGUUUAGAGGAGUCAAAAAACGGAUUCUGCAUUGCGAAUACAGCAAGGUUCUCCCACCCAGCCGCGAGGCAACUCUGCACGAAGAACGACCUCGUGUACCUGUUUGUGAUGCGACGCUGGAAGGGGCAAAGGGAACGGCGUCUACGAGAUAUAUCAAUCAAUGGACAGCCUGGGAAAAUUCAUCAAACAUCUUCUGCACCGUU